AUGGCCAAACGACCUCGAUCUGCAUCGCACCACGUGCCUGUGGCCUACCAUCCCGGGUCUCUGGUGUCUCUCAACCGCACACAACGAAAACUCACCGAAUACAGCGAAAUCGCAUCUUGGGGAUGGAUCCUACUCAUCACAACAUGGUCUCUGAUCUUCUUCGCAGUCUUCACGAUGUUUGAUCUAGAUAUCUACUUGUUUGGAUCGAAGACAGACCGCAAAAAUAUGCACAAGGCUCCUGAUGAUGACGACGACUUCCCCAUCAGAAUGUACUAUCCAACGUCCUUCUUCCUGUCCCUCGUCAUGGCUUGGGUCUGGUGUAUCGUCAGUUGGAUGGGUCUCAAAUUCUUCAAACACGCCAAAGUUGAUCCUACCAGCAGGUGA